GUAGGAGCUGUGGAACGUGUUGAACAUUUUUCUAAGUCAUUCACAACUUGCCUAAUCGAUAUCUCGCAAGCCCAGCCUGGGAACGGAGAUCUUCGAACAACAGAAAUCGACAUGGCCGACCUCUCACUUCUCAAACAACAAAGCAUGAACGCAGUCUUACUCUUCGCCCGCAGCCGCCAUGACUCCGACAAAGACUCCGACAAAGACUCCAAGAAGAUAUGCCCCCAAGAAAACACCACCGGUCCCCCGCUCGUCCCCUUUGUAGGGAACCUUUCCUUCCAUUCCUUCGCUACAAUCCUCACAGGCGCAAGCGCAGUCUUCUGCUUCCUCGCCAUCGCCAUCGCAAUCUCCCGCCAUGCAUUCAACUACACGAACCGCAUCCAGCAGCGGCAGGUCAUCCGCAUUAUCCUGCUCGUCCCUUGGGUGUCCCUGUUCUGCUUCCUCAUGGUCUGGCAGGAGGAGGCAGGGGAGUAUUUAGUGGGCAGUCUGGACUUUGGAUGCGCGAUUGCUCUAUCCGCGUUUUUGCUGCUCAUGUGCGAUUAUGUACUUGCUAGCCCUGGAGGGUAUCAGUCAUUGCUUGGAGAUGAUCCCGGUAGGCCUAAAGAGAAGACGCAGGGUUUGGCCUGGUUCAAGCGUGUGUGGUACAUGUCCCUUCAAUUCAUUCCCACCAGCUUGAUUCUCUGGGUCGUGACGUGCAUUACCCUCGCCAGUGACACGUACUGCGCGGCGAGCAACAGCCCGCAUUUCGCGCAUAUUUGGAUCACGGUGAUCAAAGGCGUUGUUACUGUUUGGGCUGUGCUGGCCGAUUUCAGGUUGUAUAAGCAGCAAAAGGCUGUUUUGAAACCACACAAUAUGCUGUUGAAGUUUGCGGCUUUCAAGGGAAUUAUUGGGUUGAAUGUCAUACAGACUCUAAUCAUCAACAUCCUCCUCGGCUCAUCCGUAAUCCGCCCAACCCAGCACCUAACCUACGAGGAUAUCAAAGUAGGACUCCCCAACUUGAUCCUCGGCCUCGAAAUGCCACUCUUCUCAAUCCUGAUCAUAUUCGCCUUCCCCGUCUCCCCGUACCAAAAACGCGGCGAUGGAAGUGCGACUCCCGCUGCGGGACCAUUGGUGGCGGUUGUCGAAGCGCUGAAUAUCACGGAUUUGCUAUCUUGCUUUGUUAGGGGGCCUAUGCGUUUGGUGAGGGAUCAGCAGUGGGGGAUCAUGAGACAGCAAAGUAUGCCUUUAGAAGGUGGUGGUGGAAAGGCCCACAGGGGUAGCGGUAGAAGAUCUCACAGUCGUAAUGGCAGAAGGUCUCACAGUCGUGGUGGUAGAAGGGAUCCCUGGGUUUGAAGGUAAAUAAUGGAUUAUAAAUGUCGGAAUAUCCAAUUGACUUUUUUUUUUUUGCUCGCGCGCAUGGUUGCUUUGUUCUACGGCGCUCUGGCGACCGACCCCGGGGAUGUUCAUUCGUGAACAUCGAAUACCCUUAUUCUCUGGUGCUACAGUACACAUAUCAUACCGCAUUUCUUCUGAACAAUAUCACAUUAUCCAUCGCCGACUACUACAUUACCCACCUACGCCCUUAACUCUCACACCUACCCAUGUACACAUUCACCCUCACACAACACCCUUCCUACCUCCCACUUUCACCACUACACAAGAUCUACACCUCUAUAGCAAAAAACACUAUUAUCCCCGUUCCCAUAAAACCGACUCAACUCAAGUAUUCAACAUUGAUGUUCCAAGUGCACAACCCCCACUUCACCCGCCCAGCACGCAGGAACAUGUUCCCCCGAGCACCAAACUUAACCGAAUCCGUCCUAGACCAACCAAACGAUGCGCGCGCGCGCAUGU